AUGGAAUCAAUUAAAGAAAGAUAUGAGAAGGUGAGGCAUUAUUCAAUGAAAUGGUUAUUAGAAGAUAUAGACAUUAACAAACAACAACACCAGUACCUCCAUUUUUGGAAACCAUCAAUAGAAGAAGAAGUUAAUAAGAGCUGCUUAGGUAAUUGGUAUCCAUCAGAAUUUGAUUACGAUGGAAUUCAUUACUACUUCUGUGAACAAUUUCUAAUGGGAUGCAAAGCAAAAUUAUUUGGAGAUGAUGAAACAUUCAAAUUAAUAAUGGACUCUAGAAAUCCUUAUGAAAUGAAGAAACUAGGGAAAAAAGUAAAACACUUUAAAGAAGAAAUUUGGGAUAAAUACAAAGCUGCUGUUAUGUUUGAGGGAGGUCUUGCUAAAUUUUCUCAGAACCCUCAACUAAGACGAUUCUUGAUAGAGACAGGAGACCAAGUUCUUGUUGAAGCGAGUAAAUUUGAUGCUGUUUGGGGGAUUAAAAUGGAAGAGCUAGAUGAGGGAGCAAAUGACCCACAUCAGUGGUGUGGUGAAAAUAUUUUAGGAUUUACUUUAAUGUCAAUAAGAGAUUAUCUUCUUGUUUGA